AUGGCCGCGGAAAAGAAAUCCCGGACCAGAGUCGCUUCCAUCACCAACAACGCAUCCAGCAUCAAGCUCCCUCCCCUGCCUUCCAGCCUGUCUGCACCGGGUCCUGCCUCGACCCCUCGGAUCGAGCAUGAACCUCCGCCCUUCUCGCUCGACCAGCUCGCGUCCAUGCUGGACCAAGAACAAGACGAUCGUCAUCUCCGGCCCCACAUCAAGAGAAGUGGCUCAUCCAAUUCGGGACUCCGGUGCGACUAUGCUGAAUCAGCCGGCGAGGACGACGUGGACGAGGAGCACGACCAGUCGACGACGGUCGAGGUCGUCAAUUACGAGAUGAUGUACUGGGGCUACGGCUUCGUCAUCACAUGUACCACCUGCUUCAUCCUUGGAACUUGGUCCAUGUUCAUCGCACCCUUUGUGGGGCCAUACAACAACAAAGUUAGUGAUUUCUCGGAUCCGAGGUGCACUCAGCGUUGAUCGGACGGCCUCCCUGUUUAGAUCCUCGACGCCAUGGCCAACGACACGCACUACAAGUACCUCUUUGUGUUGCUCGUCCCCGUCACACUCUACACUGUCAUCAUAAACUGGUGGGGUCUCAAAGUCAGUCGGGUUUAG